AUGGCGAAUUCAGACUCCCCGAGGGGCGAGUUCGCAGUGCCGGUGCCGGGCGCCGCGGACCAGCCGCCGGCCCCCCCCGCAGCAGCAGCAGCAGCAGCAGCAGCAGCAGCAGCAGCAGAUGAGAAGACGCCGCUGCGGGAGCCGCGGGGGAAGCUGAAGUCCGCGCUGGCGCGGGGGCACCUGCUGGCGCGUCGAGCAGCAAAAAGGAGCUGCGAGAAGUCGAAGCAGUUCCUUGCGGAGAAGUACUUGGAGCUGCAGCAGCAGCAGCAGCAGGGGCCGCUGCUGCUGCAGUGGACCAGCAUCGUUUGCUGCUUGCUGCUGCUGCCGGGGAUCUGCUUCGACCUGGCCACUCUGGCGCUGUCGUUAAGUGCUGCGGAGUUCCUGGCGAACCUGUACGGGGCGCUGGGCGCGCUGCUGCUGCUGGCAGCAGAGCUCUGCUGCAGCAGCAGCAGCAGCAGCAGCAGCAGCAGCAGGCGGGCCGUGCGCGCGCUGCUGCACCGCCACCUGCCGCUGCUGGAGCUCAGCGUGGGCCGCGGACUUCUGCAAAUUUAUAUUUCUUCUUUUUGCAUUUCUUUUCGAAAUGUUUUUAAUUUGCUGAAGUUCCUUCCGGGGCUGCUGCUGCUGCUGUGCGGGCUGGGCAACGUGCUGUGGGGCGCAGCAGCAGCGUGCAAGCUGCAUGCAGCAGCAGCAAACUGCGACGCCGUGCUGCUGCAGCAGCAGCUGCAGCAGCUCGAGGACACUGUCCGCACUCUCGACCCUGAGGGAAAAGGAUCUUUUGCAAAAGAAGACUUACUUCGGACUUCGACAAAUCCCGAAUUUAAUUCCGAAUUUAAUUCCGAAUUUAAUUCCAAUUUAAAUUCCAAUUUUAAAUUAAAUUUGAACCUCCAAGAAAUCCAAAACUUGCCGACUGACAGCCAGGGCCGCGUCGACACGCAGCAGUUCCAGCGCUGGUGGCUGCGCCACAAGGCCCCCCAGCUUCUCUAG